AUGGGGAGAAUAAAGAAGGUGGCGGGCCUCAAACAUGGGGCUACAAUCUCUCCUGCCUUAGCUACCUUCGUUCAACAAGCUACCACCGUUGACAUCCCAGAACUUCCCUCCCAUCUCUCAUUGUUCCCGCGCCGAUGGCCCUUCCCAAGAGGCGAUCUAUAUCAUUGGAUUGUGGUGCUGAACCGGUUUGAUACGAUCCUUCAACAAGUGAUAGAGAAGUAUGAUCUCCAUUUAGGGCCGCAGACAAAGCCAUUUGGCCGUUUGGUCCUUCAUGACACAUGUGUCUCCAGCGGUAUUGCAUCGACGGCCGAGGCAUGCGAAGCACAUCUCGACAAACUUGGCUUUGGGCCUGAGGGAGAUCGAGAGCUGGUCGAAGCGCUCUUAUCAUUUUCAAGGCUCCUGCUGGAGAAAUGUGGCAAUCGGAGCCUAUACAGUAGCAGCGAUCGCUUGAAUGACCUUUUGAAUACGACGUCACUUCCCCUUCUGCAGAACGUUCUCCGCCUUGGUGUCAGCUUAGCCCAACGGUACUUUUCCAGACAACGCCAAUCUAAUAGUACCCAUUUUCACCAGAGUUUACUGGCAACACACUACAAUAUUGAAUUGGAGCGCGUCCAAAAGCUUGCUGCGCCGUUUCCCAAACCUGCCCCUGCCAAGGUAACUGAUACCUCGUCCGCUAGCGUUAAGGGAAAAGAAAAGGCUAUUCAGGCCCAGACUGACCGUCGUGGUUCCGUCACCAAAUGUAAUGCGAACGAUCUAAUUGCCCUUACUAAAGGCCUCUCUGAUACAGAACCCAAUGGGUUCGCAGCUCAUGAUUGGGAGGAAUGGGCUAACAUUAACAUGUCGUAUUACUCACCUUCUCCGGAUGCUGCCGAGGAUGCCGCUCCAGCAGGAGCCGGCGCCAUCCCGCAUCCUCCAGCGACCCCAACCCCCUUACGUAGAUCUUCUACUCACCCCAGCUCAAGAUUGAGUAGAAGUUCCGUAACGGAUGAUUCACCAACGGCGCCGCCCACCAGCUCGCCCACCAGUAAAUACGACGAAACAAAUAGAGGAGUUAAAAUUCUGCAUAUCCCAAGCUCUACGAUUGUAUCCAUGAGCAUAGAGGCGGUUUUGCAAGCGCACUUAGAGGAGCUUCCAAACGAUGCUUCGAAGUAUGAAUUGCUGCAACGACUUCGUGUUGCUUAUGCUGUUGCAACAUCCCCUGAGAGCAGGCGUCAAAUUCUUGGUGUUAGAGUCCUUGCGAUCACGAACUUGGCAUAUAUUUAUCCAGAAACUCUCUUCCAGCAAAAGGUGCUUAACCAUGAUUCCGAUAUACCGAAACACCUGCAGCUUGCCUACCAGCUUGCCGAAUUUGUGCAUCUUGGUGUCGCCGGUGACAUUACAGCCUCAACACUGAACCAGACUUUCGCACUCAACUGUCUUGACGCACUGGCAAAACAUAAAUCCCGAUCUGCGGAUGUUUGUGCGGCUCUUAGCGUGAACGUUAACCACGGAAUCCUUAUGUUCCUCACUCGGAAGGCUGUUGCGGACUUGGCCGUCGAAGAGAAGCCGGAUGACCCACCGGAAGGCGAUGACUGGAGAGAGGCUCUAUUUGCACUUCUUCGAACCCUUCCGAAUGCUGGUACGAGAACGCCAGAGACUCUUGUGGCAGCUGGAUUGAUUCCUUUGUUUGUCGAUAUCUUGAACCUCAGGACGGAGAAAGCAAGAAAAAUUUAUCCUCGGGUCAUGGAAUUCUUGGAUACAUUUGUUCACUCUGUUCGGGAUGCAUUGGCAACAUUGGCUGGAGCCAAAGGUUUCCAUGCCAUUUCAGAUCUGAUCUCUUUCGAGACGAAGACGUCAUUUGAUGCUGUGACGAAGGACCAGGGAAUUCCAGCGCCGUUUAGGACUGCCGCCAUCGAUUACCAGAUUCCGUAUUUCCAACAGCAAUCCUUGAGGUGGCUGUUCAAGUUCGUCAACCAUGUAAUGCAACACAACAGCGGCGGAUUUGAGCGCCUUCUUCGAAAUCUUAUCGAUUCGCCUCCACUUCUCACUGCCCUUCGCUUGGUCCUGGAAAACUCGCGUGUCUACGGUUCUCAUGUGUGGAGUGGUGCAGUAAACAUUUUGAGCCAUUUCAUCCAUAAUGAACCUACUAGUUAUGCCGUUAUUGCUGAAGCCGGGUUAAGCAAAAGCCUUCUCGAAGCAGUGAUUGGCCGGCCCAUGCCAGGUGAUACAACAGAUGCCAUUACUGCCAAUACUGAUGAUGACCAUCAUGCUCCAACCGAAUCGCAACCUUUGUUUAUUCCAGCGUGUGCGGAGGCCAGCGACCGCGAGACUCUCAGGUCCAAGAUUAUUAGGCCAUCUGGUCCUAAACUGGCUGAAGGAAUCUUACCUUCGACAGAAGCAAUUGUGUGUAUCCCGCAAGCGUUUGGGGCCAUCUGUUUGAACCAAGGAGGCCUAGAGUUAUUCCGAAAGUCGGAUGCUCUCGAAAGUUUUUUCGAGAUAUUCGAAAGUCCAGAGCAUGUGAAAUGCAUGAAGAAUGAUUCGAAUCUUGUCCGCGUCCUGGGUAACUCUUUUGACGAGCUCGUUCGACAUCACCCUCCUUUAAAGACUGCGGUCAUGAGUUCCGUUUUGGUCAUGGUGGCCCGUGUAGUCCAAUAUUGCAAAUCAAAAGCAUGGGAAUGUGGACUUGGAGCUAAGCUUUGGACCGAAGGAGAAGAUAAAAAGCUUUCCAUUGCCGGAGGCGACUCUUCCUCGCUCGCAGACAUUGGCUUUGCGUUCACUUAUCCCAUCGAUAACCAGCAAUCCCAUUCAAGAGUAGAGUCGACCGAUACUGAGAUGAAGAGUGCCCCGACAACUUCUCAGGAUGGAAACCCUUUGACAUCGAAGAUGGAGAACUUUGAUUUGAAGGACCUUGAUAGCCACGGUCUAUCUGUUGCCAGCUACAUGUUCCCGGCUGUGAGGUUCCUGCAUGCCUUUUUCGAGAACCACACUAUCUGCGCAAGUUUUAUCGAGGCUGGUGGGGUUGAGUAUGUACUCGAUUUUGCCACCCUCCAAAGCCUGCCAUUUGACUUCCAUAAUACGGAGGCGAGCCAACAGCUGGCACAAGUGAUCCAUUUAAUGGUCGAGGUCAAACCACACCUUGUGCUUCCUUCCCUUAUGAAACGAACUCAGGAUGCCGUUGAUUGUUUAGCUCCCUUUUGGCGACAAUCUAGUGCCACUGGGUUUUUCGCUCCUUUGACAAACCCGCCGAAGAAGGCGGAAAAUACUGCUGAGACCCCAGAGUCCGAAGAUGUGAAGGUCAAGGGAACCUAUUUCGUAAAACAUCUCGUCGCUGUCCAUACUCUUACGGAUAUCCUCCGCGAAGCGUAUACGCCGCCAAUCUACCCGACCCGGCCUAGUCAGCAGACAUCUCCGUUUGUCCAGGUAAACUUAGCCGAUAAAUAUGUUGCUCUUGUCAAAAAACUUGGGUCCUUGCAUUCAGCUUGCGUCUGGGAAGAAAUAUUGCUACAGAAGGAUAUGCCAGAAUCUUGGAAUGAAGCGACUAGAGUCCCUGGAUAUGGGUUUGGUGCAGAGGAAGGAAGUGAACCACCGAGUACUAUGCCUACAGAUGAUGUAUCUGAGCCUGGUGAUGUGGCUGCUGAAGUUGCAACCGGGUCAACUGCGUCUGGAGCGGGUCCUUCCCGUGAACUUGCCGAUAAUGAGACGAGAUCGCGAACCGCGGUUACCCAAACCUCUGUUGGUUUAGAGAAGGGCGCGGCAUUCAAAAACGUAAAAACUCUCCGUUACUUGCUCAGUUCUCUGCCCUCCUCUAUAACCGGCUUCUUCCAUCUAUUGGGACAUGGACUUAUCAGCAAACGACGAAUGGAUACUUAUCAACGACAAAAGGCUGGCACCGUUGCAGAUGCGAUUGCAUCGAUGAUCCUAGAAAAACUGAAUCUUGAUGCACCUAAGAAAACCUCUUGUGUAAAAGACCGGUUUUCGUAUCUCAUAGUCAUAUUGUCCUCGUUUUCUCAGCUGUUAUUUGAUACUACCGCUGAGCGCCCUCAUUCCCAUUGCCUCACAAUGAUUCUAUCGGCUUUCAAGAAGUUGAAUGGGAUCCAAGCAAUGAAAGACUUGUGUGGUUUAUUCUUGAAUGAGAUCAGAACCCUUGAUCCCCAAGCGCAGGAGAAUAGGACUAAAGACGUUCCUGCACGCCUUGCUUCUGCUUACGGGGGGAUUAAAAUUAUUCUUAAUUUCUUUUCUGAAAUGACAUCCGCCCAAUAUAUUAUCGACUCGGCGCAAACACAGGCAAUGGCCAGUGCCAGCGGGGACAGAGAUCGUCCUGACUAUUUCCUUCCAGCCCAGUUCUUGGUCGAACUCCGAAUGGAAGUCAUACCAAUGGCGCAAGAAAUGUGGAGUUCAGGGUUCGUCGCAGAGGCGUCUAGUUCUAUCCUAAAAUCUCUGAUUGAUAUUCUCCGAUCUGUCCUUGAAGGGGAAUAUGAAACGGGAGCCUUCCGUCGCGGUGAAAGCCUUCCUGCUGUUUCUGCACUUACUCCCAAAACCUUUACUUGCCAUAGGGAGCGUCUGUCUACGCUCAAAGAGAAUGGCCAUGACGAAAACCUCGCCCGAGAAGCUCUCUACCGCUGUAAUAACUCAGCGUCCGCUUCUGAAGAAUACUGUAUCAGCCAACGGGCUCUCCGCCCACCACCUAGGAGCCCAGUUCCUUCACAUGACCUAGAGCAGGUUACAAGCAGUAGUAGUCCUUCGCUCCGCUCCAGCAUCUUUGGAAAUCUUGGUAGCUCGCAACCGCAGUCUGACAGCGGCCAGGUUUUGGCUUCUACUCCGGCCGAUAUCGCGUCAUUGCUCGGUCACCUCGCCCAACCAAAUCUGGGCGUAGAGGAAAGCGGCACAAACCAAGCAGAGAGUCGGCCGCCUCCCAGUCAAGGUGCGCAGGGCGGCGAUCAAUCAAGUACUAGCGGCCUUCUCGCAAUGAGCAUCGAUAAUAUCCUUAAUGACCAGGAAGAGUCCCCAACUGAAGAGAGGAUCGCACCUGCUCAGCGUACGGAGAGUGGUGCUCGACCUCCAUCGACUGCUCAACCAGCUCCUCCAAAGCGGCAAGAAGUGGUUACCGUUGAAGACUUGGACAGUGAGCGUGAUAAGGUCCGGAGCAACCUCAUUGAACGAUGUUUAGAUGUGUUAAAUGUCCAUCAUGACGUAACUUUUGAGCUCGCUGAUCUUAUUGGGUCUGCCACCACCAAGCUCCCUGAUCCUGUCAAUUUCCGUCGGGAGGUUGGUGAAACGUUGAUGCAUUUCUUGAUUUCUCUCCAGAUGGAAGAGAAUUUCCAGUCAGCCGGAAAGAAAAUAGCGGCAUACGCUGGCUUGUUAGCUUUGGUCCUGCAAGAUAAGGAUGUGUACGAAGCUACUCUUGAAGAGUUAAAGGAAAAUUUUUCGAAUCUGUUUGGCUUUAUUAAAAUCCCUCCUGCCUCCUCCGAGAAACCUACCGAGGAAUCGUGCCCCUGGAUUCCGCAAGUCUUGCUCAUUCUUGAAAGAGUCCUUUCGGAUGACGUAACACCGCCAUUAAUUCGGUGGAACCCCCCAAGUUCUGAUGGGUCUGUCGGACCAGAGGAGCCGGCAGAACUAGAGGAACCUGUUAUCCCAUUUUCUGACAAGAUGGAGCUGUUUGAGACAAUGGUCGAUAUUCUCCCUCGGAUUGGGAAGGACGAAACGCUGGCGCUGUCUGUUUCCCGCAUCCUCGUCAUUUUGACCCGUGAAAGGGAAAUUGCUGUUCGACUAGGAGAAAAGCGCAAUCUCCAACGCCUGUUUGUCAUGAUCAAGCAAUUGGCAAGCGGUUCGGACGACAGACUUCAGAAUACGUUCAUGCUCAUUUUGAGACAUAUCAUUGAAGAUAAUGACACCAUUCGACAAAUAAUGAGAAGCGAAAUUGUUGCUGGUUUCGAAAGUCGAUCCCCACGGCAGACGGACACCACGGGCUAUGUACGCCAAUUCGCGCACCUUAUUCUGAGAAACCCGACACUGUUUGUGGAAGUUACGAAUGAAAAAUUAAAGUUGCAGCGAUACGACACACACCAACGACCUCAACUCUUGGUUCUCAAGUCGGAAACAAACGAUACGGUUUCACGGCAAGAUCAAAACUCUUCUAGCCAAGAGGACAAUCAGACUGCGGAUAAGCCAGAAGCUAUCGAACCUCAUACCGAACCUCAAGAUGGACAGCAAGCUGAGAGCAAGGACGGCAAGGAGGACAGAGAUGCCAAGGAUAAGUGCAAAUCAACAGAGCUCAAGGCUCCUGUUGUUGAAAAUCCUGAUGGCGUGAUUCAUUAUUUGCUCUCUGAAUUACUUUCUUAUCGCGAUGUGGACGACAAGGAGCCAACCGUGGAGUCCUCGGAGAAGUCAACGAGUCGCAUAGAGUCUCAAAGCGAUGUUGAAAUGGCAAGCGGACCGGCGUCGCCUACUUCAUCCAUUUCGGGAACUCAGACUACAAAGCCCCCCAAGAAGGCCGAGAAACCUCAAUUUAAGGCAGACGAACACCCGAUCUACGUUUACCGCUGUUUCCUAUUGCAGUGCUUAACAGAGCUAUUGUCCUCGUAUAACCGCACCAAAGUGGAGUUCAUCAACUUUUCGCGCAAAGCCGAUCCUUUCGCCACGACGCCUUCGAAGCCGCGUUCUGGCAUUUUGAACUAUUUGCUGAACUCGCUCGUUCCCAUCGGGACGUUGGAGCAUGGGGAAUCUAUCGCUUUCAAAAAGCGGGUCAACACUUCUAACUGGGCGAUGCGGGUGAUUGUAGCCCUCUGCACCAAGACAGGGGAAUUUGGUGUUCCAUCCAGGCGCCGCACCAUUCCGAAUGAUGACAACGAACCUGAACUCCUUUUUGUCCGCAAGUUUGUUCUCGAACAUGCCUUGAAAUCAUACAAAGAUGCUAAUGCGUCGAAUGAACCUCUUGAUGCAAAAUACGCACGACUUCUUAGUUUAGCCGACCUAUUUGAUAAGAUGCUCUCCGGAGGCACAAGUGGAGAUGGCACCACACAUUUCCCUUCGUCUACUCGCCAGGUUGCGAAAACUAUGUUUGAAAAGAAUUUUAUUUCAGCCUUCACAGCUUCUAUAUCCGAUAUAGAUUUGAAUUUCCCGCCAGCAAAGAGAGCUGUGAAAUAUAUUCUUCGACCGCUGAACAAGCUUACGCAAACUGCAGUCUUGUUGAGUGAAACCUCGAGCAUUCAAACCACACCAGGGCAAACUGAUGAAGAUGAUAUAUCUUCGGCAACCUCCGUAUCUGAUAUGGAAGAUGAUCGAGAAGAAACCCCCGACCUUUUCCGACAUUCUACGCUUGGCAUGUUUGAGCCGAAUCAUGAAGAGGGAACAACUAGCGAAGAAGACUCGGAGGAAGACGAAGAGAUGUAUGAUGAUGAAUAUGAUGAAGAAAUGGAUUAUGAAGAGGAUAUGCCGGAGAAUGACGGAGAAGUUGUUAGUGAUGAAGAUGAGGAAGACAUGGAUGGGCGAGGGCCCAUUGAAGGUUUGCCUGGUGAUUCUGGUAUGGAUAUUGAAGUCCUCAUCGAAGGGGAUGACGAUGAUGAUGAUGAAGACGAUGACGACGAUGAUGAGGAUGACGAUGAUGAGGACGAUGAUGAGGACGAUGACGAUGACGAUGACGAUGACGAUGAUGAAGAAGGCUCCUUGGCCAUGGACGACGAAUUGAUAGCAGGCGAAAUCACUGGGGACAAUGACAAUGAUAGCCUCCGAGAUGGAGACGAAGGUGAAUGGGAAAGCGAAGAUAUCUCGGACAAUGAGGAAGAGGAAGACGGUAUGAACCAACUAGAGAACGAAUUGGGUGAUUUUGCUCAAGGUGACCACGGGUCUAACCUGCAAAAUGUAUUACGGAUUCUAGGGGAGCAAAAUAGAAACCGCCUUGAUAUUCAUCAGCUUGAAUUGGAUAUAGGAAUGGGAGAAGAACUUCACGACGACCUGAUGGAUGACGAAAUGCAGGAUGAUCAAGAUUUUGACCACCCACAUCGAUUCAUGCUGCACGACACCGACCCUGCAAUGGAUCAUAACCGCCACCAGCAUGGCCGAUUCCGUGGAAUACCUCCCCCCCCAUGGAGCAUGUUUUCUGGAGGCCUUAGUAAUCGUCACGGUAUUAUACCCAUCCCUGGUUAUAGAACUCAUCGGACUCAAAUCCCCUCGCGUGGAAAUGACGAUGGGAGUAACCCGCUGCUACGUCGAAACGACCGCACUACAGAUGUUACACGUGGAUCCAGAGGUCCUCCCGAAGCUUUGAGUGACUGGGUCCACGCAAUCGACCCCAGCCAUCAGGGUCGACUCCUCUCGAUGGAUAGCCCGGUUACAUUCAUGAAUGCAAUUAUGCAAGCUCUGGGUCAAGGUGGCGGUAGCUUUGGUGUCGUUAGUCGUCCAGAUGGAGUCCAUGUUCGUCUUGACCAAGGCCACGUCUUCACCAAUCGUAUACAAGAUUUGUUUGGCCUUAGUCGACCUCCAGCGACCACCACACGUCCUCGUGACGAUCCUUAUCAAGCAGUCACGUUUGUUCUAUCCACAACUUCCACUCGUUGGCAAGAAGAAGCACGCCUUUUGUUUAACAAUACUUACUUGGAGAAAGCCCAACGAGUUGUAAAUUCACUUCUCAAAGUACUUGUUCCCCCGGCUAUUGAAGAAGAAAAAGUUAGACAGAGGCAAUUGGAGGAAGAGCUUAAGCGACGAGAGGAGGAGAGGGUCGAACGUGAGCGUCAAGAGCAAGUCGCGAAGGAAGAAGCCGAGCGCGAGAGAAAACGCAAGGAGGAGGAAGAAGAAGCGCUACGCCGACAACAAGAAGCUGAGAGAGCUGAGAGAGCAGCUGAAGAAAGUGCGCAGCAAGUCACUGGACACCCCGAAGGCGAGCCGAUGGACGACGUGCAGCCUACCGAGUCGACACAAGAGCAAGUUGCUGUUCCAGCUGAAACAGAUCCUGCGGUGGCCGGCCCUUCAGAACCUGCACCCCGCAUCCACACCACAAUCCGUGGUCGACAACUUGACAUUACCGGGAUGGACAUUGAUCCAGAGUAUUUAGAAGCACUUCCCGAAGAUAUCCGUGAGGAAGUCAUCAUGCAGCAACUCACCGAACAGAGAUCGCAGGCUGCAGCAUCCGGCGAAGAACCAAGUGAGAUAAACCCAGAGUUUCUGGAAGCGUUACCUCCUGAUAUCCGUGAAGAACUUCUGCAACAGGAGGUCGCUGAUCGUCGACGUCGUGAGCGGGAGGCGGCACGUCGAAAUGCCGCUGCAAAUGGUGGCCCAGCUGCUCCUGAUGACAUGGACCCUGCCAGCUUCAUUGCCACAUUGGAUCCUUCUCUAAGACAAACAGUGCUCGCCGAUCAGCCCGAAGAAAUUCUCGCGUCUCUUGGUCCUGAAUUUGUUUCGGAAGCCCGCGCGCUUACAGGCCGAAGGCUUGCUCAGUUUGGGGAUGUAAGCAGACUAGAUCAGAGCUCGCGACCUGAUACCACUCAACGUGAUCAAGGAGCCAAAAAAACACAACGCCGGCAAAUUGUCCAGAUGCUCGACAAGGCUGGUGUAGCUACCCUCCUCCGUCUCAUGUUCAUGCCCCUUCAGGGAAAUGCACGGCAUCAUAUAAAUGACAUCCUUCAUAAUGUCUGCCAAAAUCGCCAAAAUCGGUCGGAAGUGCUUAGUCUUUUACUUUUGAUUCUCCAGGAUGGAAGUGCGGACGUAUCUGCUGUGGAACGCAGUUUUGCUCAUCUAUCACUGCGAGCUAGGACCCCAACAGCGUCGCAGCGAACCCCGCAGCUGAAGCGGACAUUGUCAUUGCCGGUUCCUGGUACCAAUAACGACGUCACCCCGUUGGUUGUGAUCCAGCAAUGCUUGGGAGCUUUGUCGUUCCUCACUCAAUACAACCCCCAUAUCGCAUGGUUUUUCCUGACCGAACACGACACAGCAGCCGCUCUUAAAAUGAAAGCACUGAGGAAAGGAAAGGCCAAGGAAAGUAGAGCCUCUAAGUUUGCUAUAAACUCUCUCCUGUCCUUGCUUGAUCGCAAGUCAAUCAUGGAUAGCCCAAGUUGCAUGGAACAACUCUCUAGUCUCCUCAGCAGCAUUACUCAACCAUUAACUCUCCUCCUACGAAAAGACAAAGAGAAAGAUACGCGAGGCGCUGAGGUCGCUGCUGAAAGCGCGCAACCUGUGCAACCUGUGGAGGCCUCGUCCCAGGAAACAGAGGGUUCUCGUACUGCCGAUGAGCCAGCCCCGCGUUCCGAUACGAUGAUGCCUGAUGCUGCUUCCGCAGAGCAAGAGCAAGAUCGUCAGGAGGCCCAGGUGGUGGGAUCGCCUGCCGAAGAAAAGGUAGAAUCUUCAAAACCGGCUGAGGAGGAGAAACAAAAAAAGCCUCGUAUUCCUGAGCCCCCUGUGGUACCAGAGCACAAUCUUCAGUUAGUUGUUCGCAUUCUUGCUGCUCGAGAAUGCAAUGGCAAAACAUUCCGAGAAACACUUUCGACCAUCAACAACCUCUCUGCUAUCCCUGGAGCCAAAGAAGUCUUCGGUCAAGAGUUGAUUGCCCAGACACAGAGCCUCAGCAAUUCAAUCCUGGUUGAUCUCGAAGAACUUCUUCCCCACAUUAACCAGGCGGAGACGGGCAUCGAAGUGCAGGGUAUGGCACUUGCCAAAUUUUCUCCUGCUAGCUCUGAUCAAGCCAAACUACUCAGAGCUCUGACUGCCCUUGAUUAUCUAUUUGACCCAAAUAGGCUUGACAAGGAGAGGUACAGCGAGCCCGAGUCGUCUAAUAACGAUGAAGUUUUGAAGACACUUUAUGAAGGUGCCACAUUCGGACCACUCUGGGCAAAGCUGAGCGAAUGCUUACAUGCCAUUCGACUGAAAGAGAACAUGCUCAAUGUUGCCACAAUACUUUUACCACUCAUAGAAUCACUUAUGGUUGUAUGCAAGAACACCACUUUGAAAGACUCUCUGCUACCAAGACAUGGACGGGAAUAUUCUGUUUCUAGUCCGCCGCCCGACUCUGGGAUGGAAGCCCUAUUCUUCAACUUCACAGAAGAUCACCGCAAGAUUCUCAAUGAGCUUGUCCGCCAGAAUCCUAAGCUCAUGAGUGGCACGUUCUCCCUUUUAGUCAAGAACCCGAAGGUAUUGGAGUUUGACAAUAAACGCAAUUACUUCACCCGUCGGAUCCAUUCACGCGGUAGCGAGAUCAGACAUCCACAUCCCCCAUUACAACUCUCCGUUCGCCGAGACCAAGUUUUCUUGGAUUCCUUUAAAUCGCUCUACUUCAAGACUGCCAACGAAAUGAAGUACGGCAAAUUGAACAUUAGGUUCCAUGGCGAGGAAGGUGUUGAUGCAGGCGGUGUCACUCGUGAAUGGUUUCAAGUCCUGGCACGCGGCAUGUUUAACCCCAACUAUGCCCUAUUUAUCCCUGUCGCAUCUGAUCGUACUACGUUCCACCCAAAUCGCCUUAGUGGAGUCAAUCAAGAGCAUUUGAUGUUCUUUAAGUUCAUCGGACGAAUUAUUGGUAAAGCUCUAUACGAAGGUCGUGUUCUUGAUUGCCAUUUCAGCAGAGCCGUCUACAAGCGUAUCCUUGGCAAAUCUGUGUCUAUCAAAGAUAUGGAGACGCUUGAUCUUGAUUAUUACAAGUCUUUGCUCUGGAUGUUGGAGAACGAUAUUACUGAUAUUCUCACUGAAAAUUUCUCCGUCGAGUCUGACGAUUUUGGCGAGAAGCAGACAAUUGAUUUGGUAGAAAAUGGUCGGAAUAUCCCUGUGACUCAGGAGAACAAGGAAGAAUAUGUACAACGUGUGGUCGAAUAUCGCCUAGUUGGUUCCGUCAAAGAUCAGUUGGACAAUUUCCUGAAAGGAUUCCAUGAUAUCAUCCCAGCCGAUCUUAUUGCUAUAUUUAACGAACAAGAGCUAGAGCUCUUGAUUUCUGGACUUCCUGAAAUUGAUGUGGAUGACUGGAAGAAUAAUUCUGAAUACCAUAAUUACUCGGCGUCAUCACCACAGAUCCAAUGGUUCUGGCGCGCGGUACGAUCGUUUGACAAGGAAGAACGGGCCAAACUCCUCCAAUUCGUUUCUGGUACUAGUAAAGUUCCCCUCAAUGGCUUCAAAGAGCUUGAGGGCAUGAAUGGCUUCAGCAAAUUCAACAUUCAUCGAGACUAUGGGAAUAAGGACAGACUGCCUAGUUCCCAUACGUGUUUUAACCAGCUCGACUUGCCUGAAUAUGACAGCUAUGAAACCCUUCGACAGCGCCUUUACACAGCUAUGACUGCGGGCAGUGAAUAUUUCGGUUUCGCGUAAAGGCAAUGAAAUUGUGUAUUUGCUUCUGAACUCCUUUUCUCUUUUUUGUUUCCCCUUCUUGCGCUGUUCUUUUUGUGAUUUCCCUCCUGAUUCGUUUCUGCACUUGUUUUUUUUUUAAAAUCCCCUAAAUCACAAAUUCCUUCCUCUUUUCCAUCUCCAUGACCUAUACCUUUGUUUAGUCAAAGCAUCUGGCGGCGCCCUCACCUUGAUAUUGCGUUUUAUUCGGCUUUUUUCUGUUAUUUUGCCUGAUUCCAAACUGUACACUCGGAACUGC